GUAACUCCACGACCUACUACGACAACCAGUGCAGCUCUUACUACAACAACAACAACUUCAGCUCCUACGACAACCACAACAACAGCACCUCCAACAACUGUAGCUCCCACGACAACUGCAGCUCCUACAACUGCUUUUGCAUCCACGACAACCACUGCAGCUCUAACAACAACAACUGCUGCUCCUACGACCACUACAGCUCCAGAACCUAUUACGACAACCACUGCAGCUCCUUCUAUAACAACUACAACUUCAGCUCCUACGACAACCACAACAACAGCACCUCCAACAACUGCUGCUCCUACGACCACUGUAACUCCACAACCUACUUCGACAACAAGUGCAGCUCCUACUACAACAACUGCUGUUCCAACGACCACAGUGACUGCAUCAGAUUCUACAAUAACUACAACUUCAGCUCCUACGACAACCACAACAACAACUGUAGCUCCCACGACAACUGCAGCUCCUACAACAGCUUUAGCAUCUAUGACAACCACUGCAGGCCUCACAACAACAACCUCUGCUCCUACGACCACGACCACUACAGCUCCAGAACCUAUUACGACAACCACUGCAGCUCCUACUACAACAACUACAACUUCAGCUCCUACGACAACCACAACAACAGCACCUACUACAACACCUGCAGUUCCUACAACUGUAGCUCCCACGACCACUCCACCUGCUGUACUUACUUCAACAAUCACACCUACAGCUCCUGAUACCACAACUGUAACUUCUACGUCAACCACAGCAGCUCUAACUACAACAAUUGCUGCUCCAACGACCACUACAAUUCUAGAACCUAUUAAGACAAUCACUGCAGCUCCUGCUACAACAACAACAACUUCAGUUCCUACGACAACCACAACAACAGCACCUCCAACAACUGUAGCUCCCACGGUAACUACCACUGCAGCUCCUGCUACAAAAACAACAACUUCAGCUCCUACGACAACCACAACAACAGCACCUCCAACAACUGUAGCUCCCACGAUAACUGCAGCUCCUACAACAGCUUUAGCAUCUAUGACAACCACUGCAGGCCUCACAACAACAACCUCUGCUCCUACGACCACGACCACUACAGCUCCAGAACCUAUUACGACAACCACUGCAGCUCCUGCUAUAACAACAACUUCAGCUCCUACGACAACCACAACAACAGCAUCUCCAACAACUGUAGCUUCCACGAUAACUGCAGCUCCUACAACAGCUUUAGCAUCUACGACAACCACUGCAGACCUAACAACAACAACUGCUGCUCCUACGACCACUACAGCUCCAGAACCUAUGACGACAACCAGUGCAGCUCCUGCUACAACAACUACAACUUCAGCUCCUACGACAACCACAACAACAGCACCUCCAACAACUGCUGCUCCUACGACCACUGUAACUCCACAACCUACUUCGACAACAAGUGCAGCUCCUACUACAACAACUGCUGUUCCAACGACCACAGUGACUGCAGCACCUUCUACAAUAACUACAACUUCAGCUCCUACAACAACCACAACAACACUGCUCCUACGACCACUCACUGCAGCUUCUGCUACAACAACAACAACAACUUCAGCUCCUACGACAACCACAACAACAGCACCUCCAACAACUGUAGCUCCCACGAUAACUGCAGCUCCGACAAUAGCUUUAGCAUCUACGCCAACCACUGCAGACCUAACAACAACAACUGCUGCUCCUACGACCACUACAGCUCCAGAACCUAUGACGACAACCAGUGCAGCUCCUGCUACAACAACUACAACUUCAGCUCCUACGACAACCACAACAACAGCACCUCCAACAACUGCUGCUCCUACGACCACUGUAACUCCACAACCUACUUCGACAACAAGUGCAGCUCCUACUACAACAACUGCUGUUCCAACGACCACAGUGACUGCAGCACCUUCUACAAUAACUACAACUUCAGCUCCUACAACAACCACAACAACAACUGUAGCUCCCACGACAACUGCAGCUCCUACAACAGCUUUAGCAUCUAUGACAACCACUGCAGGCCUCACAACAACAACUGCUGCUCCUACGACCACGACCACUACAGCUCCAGAACCUAUUACGACAACAACUGCAGCUCCUACUACAACAACUACAACUUCAGCUCCUACGACAACCACAACAACAGCACCUACUACAACACCUGCAGUUCCUACAACUGUAGCUCCCACGACCACUCCACCUGCAGUACUUACUCCAACAAUCACAACUACAGCUCCUGAUACCACAACUGUAACUUCUACGUCAACCACAGCAGCUCUAACUACAACAAUUGCUGCUCCUACGACCAAUACAGCGCCAGAACCUAUUACGACAACCACUGCAGCUCCUGCUACAACAACUACAACUUCAGCUCCUACGACAACCACAACAACAGUCUCUCCAACAACUGUAGCUCCCACAACAACUGCAGCUCCUACAACAGCUUUAGCAUCUACGAUAACCACUGCAGCCCCAACAACAACAACUGCUGCUCCUACGACCACU